AUGGGAAGUGGACAGAAUUCAGAGCGUCUCCCCCAGGGACCAGUGCGCCUGGCUGGACGUGUGCGAACAAAGACCGUGAAAAAGGCCGCCCGGGUCAUCAUUGAAAAGUACUACACCCGGCUGGGGAAUGACUUCCACACGAACAAACGGGUGUGCGAAGAAAUUGCUAUCAUCCCCAGCAAGAAACUGCGCAACAAGAUAGCUGGGUAUGUCACCCAUCUGAUGAAACGUAUUCAGCGGGGGCCUGUCAGAGGUAUCUCCAUCAAACUGCAAGAAGAGGAGAGAGAGAGGAGGGAUAACUACGUUCCUGAGGUCUCUGCCCUCGACCAGGAGAUCAUUGAGGUUGACCCAGAUACUAAGGAAAUGCUGAAGCUGCUGGACUUCGGCAGCCUGUCCAACCUGCAGGUCACGCAGCCCACGGUGGGAAUGAACUUCAAAACCCCCAGAGGAGCCCUCUGAAUCUGUUGCUGCACUGUCGCUUUUCCAAUAAACGUGGGAACCCAAA